AUGUCUCCAGCAAUCACAUAUGAAGCUGCGCUGGUAUUCUGGCGUAUGGUCACGCAGAUAUUCUUCAGAGAGAUACGACCGCGCGGCGCCUUUAACAUUCCUCACCAGGGUCCCGUCAUUUUUGUCGGUGCUCCUCAUAGCAAUCAAUUCCUUGAUCCUCUCCUUCUCACCUUAGAGGUUUACCGCGAGACACACCGUCACGUCCAGUUUUUAACUGCUGCUAAGAGUAUGGAUCGGAAGGCAGUAGGUUUUUUUGCCCGCCUCAUGGACAGUAUUCCCGUGUCUCGAGCUUCAGAUGAGGCCAAAUCAGGAACUGGCUUAGUAUACCUCUCUCCGGAUGACUCGUGUCUAGUCCUCGGGGAAGGUACCAAAUUCAAAACUGAGUUUGUCCCGAAAAUGCAAAUCAUGCUUCCAAAGUCAGUCAACUCAGCCGUCGCCGAGGUCGUUGAAGUCAUUUCAGAUACGGAGUUGCGUGUCAAGAAAGAAUUUGGAGGGGAGAGUGGCAAAGGAACAACUCGCAUCCGGGAGAAAAUUGACGAAGGUCGAGAAAAUGGGAAUAAGGGUUUAGCGUUCAAGGUUCUGCCAUUCAUCAACCAGCAAGAAAUGUAUCGUGGGGUAUAUCAGAGAUUGAAGGAGGGAGGGUGUAUUGGCAUAUUCCCCGAAGGCAAGUCCACUACUCAUUUUUUUUUCAUUGCGGCGUUUCAUUACACUGUUGGCCUCUUAGGUGGAAGUCACGACAGAACAGAUCUACUUCCUCUCAAAGCUGGUGUCUCCAUCAUGGCGUUAGGUGCCAUGGCCAACGAUCCAACUGUGCAAGUCAAGAUCGUACCAGUCGGUCUAUCAUAUUUCCAUGCCCAUCGCUUUCGUUCUCGCGCUGUUGUGGAAUUCGGAACUGCUCUUGAUGUGCCUGCUGAGCUAGUUGAGAUGUUUAAAGAGGGUGGUAACAAAAAGCGUGAAGCUGUGGCAAAGUUCUUGGACCUCAUCUAUGACGGGCUGAAAACAGUGACGAUUCGUGCUCCAGAUUAUGACACACUUAUGCUUAUUCAAGCCGUCCGUCGAUUAUACAAGACACCGGGGCAAUAUCUUACCUUGGGACAGGUAGUCGAACUGAAUAGGCGCUUCUUGGAAGGCUACACGCACUUCAAAGAUGAGCCCCGAGUACAGAAACUUCGGACAGACGUUUUGAAGUACAAUCGUUUGAUUCGUGAUUUGGGAAUUCGUGAUCACCAAGUCCCACGAGCCCAGAAAGCGAGCUGGAAAACGCUUGGCUUACUCGUAUAUCGUCUCGUGCUCCUGAUGAUCUGGACGUCAUUGGCCUUACCAGGUGUCAUACUUAAUGGGCCUAUGUUCAUCUUGGCAUCAAUUAUUUCACGUCAAAAAGCUAAAGAGGCACUGGCUGCAUCAGUAGUCAAAGUGGCUGGUCGCGAUGUGCUCGCAACGUGGAAGAUUCUCAUUUCUCUUGGUAUCGCUCCAGUCAUGUAUGCAUUCUAUGCCGUAGUUGCGACAAUAGUCGCCGUGAAAGCCAAUGCUUCUCUAGCCACGAGGAUAUGGACCCCCUUCUUGGUGAUUUUGGCUUUGCCGUUCAUGAAUUACGCCGCCCUAAAAUUCGGCGAGGCUGGCAUGGACGUACUGAAAUCUUUGCGGCCCUUGAUAGUGGCGUUAAUCCCCGGUCAACAGCGGUCCUUUGACAAAGUGAAAGCCAUGAGAGUUCGACUUUCUAAUGAAGUUGCCGAUGUCAUCAACGAGUUUGGCCCAAAGAUUUAUGAUGAUUUCGAUCAGGCAAUUCCGUAUUUUGGUCCCUGCAAGCGCACCUCCUCAACGGGCAAUCCCGGGGUUUGGCGGCGAAAAAGUAGCGUGGGGCAAGUGGAUGCUCAAGGAAAUUUGCUGAUUCAUCCCAUGACAUGGAUCGAUGAGCGCCUCUUCGGAUGGAGCCGUAGCGCUAAACGUGGAACAAGCGCGUGGGGAGGAAGCACGCCAACUCAUGACAGUAGCAGACCAGUGACACCUGACCUCUCAGAUGACGAAGACCAUGGAGAUUACGACCAUGCCGUCAACUAUAUAUCCGCGUAUGAGGAUGCGUCGAGGCACAAGGUUCGCAGUCGACAAGGCUCAUAUGCAGAUCUCCAGCGACUUCGAAUGACCGCUACUACUCAAACAAGCGCUUCUUCGAGCUCACACGGUCUCCGUCUCAACAACGACUCGCAAGCCCUGCAUAUGCGACAGGGCUCACGGCAACGAAAGCAGAGCUUAUCUGACCUCAUUCCGGUCGAGCGCAUUGGGUCCGUGGAUCGGCAAGAGACAUUUGAAGAUGUGACCACGAGCCUGAACAACGAGGCAAGCAGACAACCCUCGGGUGCUUAA